AUGGUUGCUUAUGGAGGAGAUGAAGUAAAUGCUCUUGUUUUUGACAUGGGUUCUACCAUGACGCGUGCAGGCUAUGCAGGCGAAGAUACACCUCGCGUGAUGUUUCCUACAAGCUUUGGCUAUGUAGAUGUGGAAGAGCAAGUGGCGGAAGCACCCACUGAGCAAACAAAUGCUGAAGAUACUGUCAUGACAGAAGCGUCAGAGCAACCACCAGCACCAGCACCCCAACAAACUGGUAUUAAAACCACAAGAAAGUACUAUAUUGGUGAUAACAAGAUCAACACAUUCAGAAGCAACAUGGAAAUAAAGAGCCCGUUGAGUAACGGCUUAGUGGAAGAUUGGGACGCUGUGGAACAUAUUUGGGAUGCCACGUUUAACCAAAUGCUUCGAAUUGAUCCUCGCAAUCAUCCAUUACUAUGCACUGAAGUUGCCUGGAAUACACCAGAGAACCGACAAAAGACAAUGCAAUUAGCAUUUGAAAAGUUUGAUUUUCCAGCAUUUUACCUCACACCCGAUGCCGUCAUGACAGCAUUCUCUGUAGGUAGAGCCACGGCAUUAGUACUUGAUUCAGGAGGAGGAGUUACAAGCGCAGUGCCAGUGUAUGAUGGAUUUGUGUUGAAGAAGGGGAUCUUACAUCAACCUCUUGCUGGUGACAGUAUAGUCGACAAAAUCAAGCAACAACUUGAUGCUGAAUUGAAUUACACCAUCACACCUCAUUACAAAAUCGCCAAAAAGAAGGCAGUAGAGAAGGAUCAGCAGCCAGACAUUGAACUUCGUCCACUAGAGGGCAUUACAGACAGCUUUAACGAGUAUCAGAUCAACAGAGUGCUCAACGAAUUCAAGGAAACCAUAUGUCAAGUAGCUGAUACAGGGUUUGAGGAAGAUGCCUUGUCCUCAAGGUCAAAAAAGACGUUCGAGUUCCCUGACGGAUUCAGUCAUUCGUUUGGUCUGGACAGAUUCAAGCUUCCUGAAAUGCUCUUCCAACCCAAUGUAUACGAUAGUACUGCUCCUAAAAAGACUGAAGAGAAAACAGAGCAUGAGGAUCGAGAAGCCUCUGAGGACAAGGACAAGGACAAGGAAAAAGAGACGACAGAAAAAGACGAUGCCAUGCAAGUAGAUCAAGAAAAGGACAGCAAGUUUAUUGGGGUGCACGAUAUGGUGUACAACAGCAUAAACAACUGUGAUAUCGACUUACGCCCACUUUUAUUCAAUAAUGUGGUUGUCACUGGAGGAGAUACAUUAUUCAAGGGGUUCAAUGAGAGACUGAACCACGAAUUACCAUUGAAAGCACCAGGAAGCAAAAUCAAGAUUCAUGCUGCUGGUAAUACCACUGAGCGUAAAAGUAGCAGCUGGUUGGGUGGCUCCAUCUUGGCCUCCCUGGGUACAUUCCAUCAGUUGUGGGUAUCACGAAAAGAAUAUGAAGAAUUUGGCGAUUCCAUCGUUCAUAGAAGAUGUUAA